AUGUCAAACACAUUUUUACUGGAGCCAGACAUAAUAGCAGCAGCAGAAAAUGUUAUGCCAGAUCUUAACAAUGAUUUGAUAUUGGCCAAGAAUUUCCUAAAGCAGCAGAGUGCAGCCACUGGAGAUUCUCUAUAUGACCAUUUAGUCGAUGUGGUUCAAAAGAUCCUAUCGCAGAAACCGCCCGAUGUUGUGGACAACUUUGAGCACUACUCCUGGGAAGUCAAGCAGGAGAAGUUUCGGCCCAACUUCGAUUUACUCAACGACAUAUAUUUAUCCCCUCCUCAGCUGGCCACCGUUCGGAGUAUGGAAGAAAUGUUCAGGCUGGUCGCCAGCAAAGCUACGAAGCUGGAUGACCUUGGCGAAGAGGAACAAGAGUUAGACCUUGAGGAAGAUAACUACAAGCCGAAGAUACAAGACCUUAUUGAUCAUAACUAUUACUUUAGAGAGGCGGGGUAUGGUCUACCAGCGAACGAAUGCUACACGGUCUACAUCGCCAUGAUCAUGUUGGGCAUCAAAGAACCAGUUUCAUCAGUCAGAUUUUUCGGCAAGAUCUUCGGUACCAAAGCGAAUUACUAUGUCGCAGAAACUGAUCUUACUAUAGAUGAACUGGACAAAAGGAUCAGGGAGUUUGAACUGAAAGACAUGCCCGGGGAGGGCGAGGGCAUGGAUGAGGCGGGAAGCCCUCCCGUCGAGGAACAAGCAGAAGUCAUGCCCGAAGGAGAGGAGAAAGAGGAAGUGCCUAAGGAACCAGUACCUCCAAAGUUGCCUCCGGAGCCGCAGAGCACCUGGCAGGCGCCCGCACCCAUACCGGUCGAGAGGCCGGGUCAGGGAGUCAAUAAGAAGGUGUACUGGGUCUGCAACCGUCCUGGCGAGCAGUGGAUCUGCCUGCCAGACAUCAAGCCUGAUCACAUCCGCGUGGCCAGGCUCUCUGUGCGCUGCAUGACUGGAGACCUUGAAUCUGAGGUGAUAACAUUCCCUCCAUUCGACGGCGUGGAGAAGCACUAUCUUCGCGCUCAGAUAGCUCGCAUUGCUGCUUCCACAUCUAUCUCACCCCAAGGGUUCUUUACCUACGGUUCUGGAGAAGAGGAAGAAGAUCUCAACUUGGAAGAGGGAGGAGGUGACAUGGAAUUUAACCCGAACCCGUACUACCAGGGUCACACGCUGAAAGAUCUCGUAGACUCCAACUUGACGUACUGGGUGCACCACGGACGACAUAUCCUCAAGCAAGGCAGGACCUUGUGGUGGAACCCUAACGCUGGGAUGGAUGAGGCAAUCGAGGAAGAAGAGGACGAAGGCCCUCCCCCCGCAGAGCCAGAAGUAGGCCCGUCUCUCUUCACGGCAUUGGCUGAAGACGACAGGAUCGAAGGCCUGAGCGCCUGGAGUACCAGGGUUAGCUCCACCCUGUGCCCUGACAGAGCUCUCGCCGUCAUCAGGAGCAAUCUGUGGCCGGGGGCCGUGGCUUACGCUUCUACGGGCAAGAAGUCAGAUUGCAUGUACGUGGGUUGGGGCCUGAAGUUCCAGCCGCCGAACUUCUCGCCGCUGCAGCUGCCGUUGCCUCAGGAUGAGUACCCCAUCGGCCCUGAAGUCAUGGAGAUGGCUGACCCUACAUUCGCUGAUGAGGAGGCGUACCGCAUCGCCCAUUUACCCCCUCCACCGCCGCCGGAGAUCAUGGGAGAAGGAGAGGGCGGCUUCGGAGAGGAAGUCGAAGAGGAAGACUAAAGCCUAUACCCGUAGUAGUAACGUCUUAUAUGUAUGCAGUUCAUUUGCUGCUAGUUGAUCUUUAUUGUCAUGGUAAUAAGGGUCAUUAUUGAAGUAUUUUUUAAAUAUGUAUGUCGAUUCUCAUGACACAUGAGUAAGAUGGAUUGGAGCAUAAAAAAAAAAUUACCAUUCAGUCUUGUUACCAUUCGAGAGUUUUGCGAAGCUUGAUUGAAAGUCUUUUUUUUCUUUUAGCGUUUAUGUGUUACCGUAAUUCCGUAAGACAGUUGAUAUCGUUCAAGUUUUGAGUGACCCCGACAUCGGGAGAAGACUAGGCAGACGAUGAGAUGAAACUGAAAUAACUUGUAGGAUUUAUUCGACAAUUGACUGACUGAAUUUAAUUUGCAUUAUUAGUGUUGUUUUUUAUGUUUUGUUAAAGAGAGUUCGUCGUUGAUUAUGAUUGUUAUUUAUGUUUUGAAAUAAAGGAUAGUGUAAAAAAAACUU